UUAGUUCUGCUCUUGUUUCCAGGAUCAGCAGCAGAACAUUUCAAUAAACAAUGAGACAUCACAAUCACCUCCGUGUCGGCUCCUUCUUCAUGAAGUGACUCGUGUGUUUGCAGCUUUCACGUCCUGCGCUGCGACUCGCUGGCAGCUGAUGAACCCCUGACGGACCCGGACCCCGAGGAGGACUGAGACCCUGAGAGACCGCUUCAACACCGCAAGUUCAGUUUCUUGCAUCCUGUUGGCUGAACUUCCAUCAGGGAGCCAACCACUCUGAAUCCAACAUGGCCGACAACGUGAACUCUUUACCGUUCUUCUAUGGAAACAUCGCCAGAGAGGAGGCGGAGGAUUACCUGCGUCAGGCCGGCACCAUAAACGGCCUGUACUUGCUUAGGCAGAGCAGAAACUACCUGGGAGGUUUCGCUCUGUCCGUGCAGCACUCCGGCCGCUGCUACCACUACACCAUCGAGAGGGAGGGCAACCAGACGCAGACGUACGCCAUCGCUGGAGGGAAGAGCCACCGCAGCCCAGAGGACGUGAUCGACUACCACGCCCAGGAGACGGACGGGCUGGUGUGUCUGCUGAAGAAACCCUGCAACAGACCCAAAAACAUGCUGCCAAAGGUGGGCCCGUUUGAGGACCUGAAGGAGAAACUGAUCCGAGAGUACGUGAAGCAGACCUGGAACCUGCAGGGAGCAGCUCUGGAGCAGGCCAUCAUCAGUCAGAGGCCUCAGCUGGAGAAGCUCAUCGCCACGACGGCUCACGAGCGCAUGCCGUGGUUUCAUGGGUUGAUAACUCGAGAGGACUCGGAGCCCCGGCUGCAGAGGGGGUCGCGGACUAACGGGAAAUUCUUGAUCCGUCAGAGAGAUCAGAGCGGAUCCUACGCUCUGUGUUUACUUCACGAAGGACAAGUCAUGCACUAUCGCAUCGACAGGGACAGGAGCGGAAAACUCUCCAUCCCAGACGGCAAGAAGUUUGACACCUUGUGGCAGCUGGUGGAGCACUACUCCUACAAACCUGACGGCCUCCUGCGAGUGCUGACCGACCCGUGUCCAAGACCUGAUGGCGACACCGGGCAGAUGGGACGACCUCUGCUCCCAACCGACCACCCGGGACUCAACUCAGCAAUCCAAAGUGCUGCAGGAAUUCUCCACAAGCUCAGAACUGUUCCCAUACCAGGCCUAAAAAAGGGUCGACCAUCUCAACGCAGCCCCAGAAACGAUUUUAAUCCUUACGAAACCAAACUGCCCAACAAUCAGGCGGCCGGCAAAGAGGCCAUGCCCAUGAGCACAGAGGUGUUUGAGAGUCCGUACGCAGACCCCGAUGAACUGAGGAGCGCCACAGUGGACAGAGACCAUCUCAUGCUGGAGGACGGAGAGCUGGGCUCCGGGAACUUUGGGACAGUCAUGAAAGGCAUCUACAAGAUGAGGAAGACGGAGAAGCAGGUCGCAGUAAAAAUCCUGAAGAACGAUGACAACAACCCGUCAGUGCGCGAGGAGAUGCUGAGAGAGGCUAACGUGAUGCAGCAGCUGGAUAACCCGUACAUCGUCCGGAUGAUCGGGAUCUGCGAGGCGGAGAACCUGAUGCUGGUCAUGGAGCUGGCCGAGCUCGGACCGCUCAACAAGUUCCUGCAGAGGCACAAGCAGACGAGCAUAAAGAACCUGACGGAGCUGGUCCAUCAGGUCUCCAUGGGCAUGAAGUAUCUGGAGGAGCAUAACUUCGUCCACAGAGACCUCGCUGCCAGGAACGUGCUGCUCGUCACGCAGCACUACGCCAAGAUCAGCGACUUCGGUCUCUCCAAGGCCGUCGCCGAGGAACAGAACUACUACAAGGCAAAGGGUCAUGGGAAAUGGCCGGUGAAGUGGUACGCUCCGGAGUGUAUAAACUACUUCAAGUUCUCUUCCAAGAGUGACGUGUGGAGCUUCGGGGUUCUGAUGUGGGAGGCUUACUCCUACGGCCAGAAACCUUACAAGGGGAUGAAGGGAAACGACGUGAUGCAGAUGAUCGAGGGCGGACAGAGGAUGGACACUCCUCUGAACUGUCCCGUAGAGAUGUACGACCUGAUGAGGAACUGCUGGACAUACAAGGCCGAUGAGCGUCCUGGAUUCAGUGUGGUGGAGAUGAGACUACGAGAUUAUUAUUACGACAUCUCUCAGUGAUUUUCACACUGAUGAUAUGAGACUAUGCAAACUAUCUAGCGAUGAGAACCAUGACGUUGAAUCCUGUAUGAGUGACGCAGAUGAACUAUGAAAGCUGUUGUAAAUUAUUGGCUUCAACUGAAGGAUGUAUUCAAACUUUUAAAAACAUAAUUAUGCAAAAUGUCUUUUUGUUUUGUUACUUUUUUUUUUUUUCUCCCUCCUGAAUGUAAACAAUAUUCAAGCUCUAAUAAACCGAACAAACGAACAUUCAUGUGAAAAUACCAGAA